AUGGAAUCUGCUGACCUGAAAGAGGAGCUGAACUGCUCCAUCUGCCUGGGCCUUUAUACGGAGCCCAUAUCGCUGAAAUGUGGACAUAACUUCUGCUGGGACUGUAUUGUGACCGUGCUGGAUACACAGAAGUCUGGAGAUUAUUCCUGUCCUGAGUGCAGGGAGAUGUUUACCGAGCGCCCUUCCCUGGAGAAGAACAGGAAGCUGUGUAACAUCGUGGAGCACUUCAGAUCCGCUCACCAGGAGGAAGUAGAGGUCUUGUGUACGUACUGUGACCCUCCUGUCCCAGCUUCUAAAUCGUGUCUGCACUGCGAGGCCUCGUUCUGUGAGAAGCACCUGAGCAACCACAGCAAGUCAGCGCAUCAUAUUUUAAUUGAACCCACCACAUCUUUUGGAGAUAGAAAAUGCUUCACACAUCAAGAGAUGCUGAAAUAUUACUGCACAGAGGAUAGAGCCUGUAUCUGUAUGUCCUGCUGGGUGGCUGGAGACCACAGGGGACACCAGGUGGAGCUUCUGAAGGAGGCCUCUGAGAAGACGAAAGAGGAACUGAGAGAAUUAAUAAACGAAUUGGACUCCAAGAAACAGGAGAUUCAGAGGAGAAUCCAGAAUCUGGAAAACCACAGGGCACAAGAGGAUGGAAAAACAACUGCUGUUGUCAGGAGAGCCGUUGAGCUGUUUAGAGAAGUCAAGAAACAGUUGGAUGAUAUAGAGAAAAGGGUUCUGCUGGAGAUGUGCAGACAGAAGAAGCAGAUCUCACAGUCAGUCUCUGAUCUGAUCCAGCAGCUGGAGGAACAGAAGGACGAGUUGUGCAGGAAGAUUCAUCAGAUGGAAGAACUGGGUAACAUCCAGGAUCCAUUAACUUUCUUGAAUAAGGCACCUAAAAGGGAUGACAUGAGUCCUGAGACAGGUGACACCAUCAGCGACGUAAGGAAUGUUGGCUGUCUGGUUGAGGGAAUCAUCUCAAAGAUGCUACAGAGAGGACUUUGCGGCUUUCAUCAAAGUCUGAGGGAUCUGAUGACAAAGAGACAAUUUUCAGUGCUGGAGAAAUCUGACGUUUUGCUGGAUAUAAAUACUGCUCACGACAACCUCAUAAUAGCAAAGAAACGCAAGAGAGCCACUCACAUUGACAACGGUGUCAACAGGCCGGAUGGUCCAAAGAGGUUUAAAAGCUGCCAGGUAUUAAGUAUAGACAGCUUCACAUCCGGGACACAUUACUGGGAGGUUGAUGUGAGCGAAGCAGAGGAAUGGCUGAUCGGGGUGGCCACUCAAAGCAUGGAGAGGAAGAUAAAAGGAAAUGAAUCUUUUAUAGGCUAUAAUGACAAGUCAUGGAGUCUGAGUCAAAGAGCUUCAAUUCUUCAAGUCAGGCACAAGAACAUUGUUACAAAUAUAGACUCCAAAUCUUUACUGAAGACUGUCGGGAUCCAUCUGGAUUAUGAGGCCGGGCGUCUGUCCUUCUACCAGCUGUGUGACCCCAUCAGACACCUCCACACCUUCACCGCCACCUUCACUGAACCCCUCUAUCCCGCUUUCUACAUGUUUCCAAAAAGCUCCAUCAGAAUUAUAAAGUAA